GGCUUUGACCCUUUCACCGCCGCCGGAGAAGGUGCCAGAAGGACCUUUCCUCCUUCUUUCCUGCCUGCCAGGACCCUGGGGAGGGGGAUUGUGGUGGGCUCCCGCUCCUGAGCUGCCCCCAGCACCCUGGGGUGGGUGUAAGAGGAGGAGCUGCUGGAGCGGUCACGGUGUCCCUGCCCCAUUCCCGACCCGCCCGUGCAGGGGGACAGAGAGACUCGGAGGCAAAAAUCUCCGCUGCAGAUCCCGAAAUCCCGACCGGGUUCCCGUAAGGAAGCGGAGGGAGGGGGGAGCUGGCAGAGGUGAGCAGGAGCUGCAGGAGGACGGGGUUAAUGCUGGGCAGGGCUGUGAAGGGGGGUCAGGCUGGCAGGGUGGGCUCCUGCCGGCGAGGCUGGGCUGGCAGGGGUUAAUGGGUGGCUCUUCCUCUUCCUCAUCCUCUAUAUGAGGCUGCUCCCGGCUCUGCGCUCAGUUUGCCGCGGCAGCCAGAGGCGCAGGAGCUGCGUGAGACUGGAGCAUCCCUGCAUCCCAGCCCUGCAUCCCAGCCCUGCAUCCCAGCCCUGCAUCCCUGCUUGGCCUCAGGGCUGAAUCCAGGAGCCGAGCGAAGCUUCAGGAGCCUCCCCAGCGGCCACACCGGACCCGCCCGCUGAGCAGAGCGCUCAGCAGCGCCGUUCCGGGGCCAUGGUGCCCCUGGGCAGCCCCGCUCUCGCCGUCUGCGCCUCCAGCAACCUGCGCCUCAUGGCCCCGGGCCGCGGCUCGCCCCUGGCCUGGCUGAACCGGAGCCCCGAGUGCCCGCAGGGCCCGGGGGGCAGCGGGGGCCGCAGGGCCAGCGCCGUGGAGCGGCUGGAGGCCGACAAGGCCAAGUACGUCAAGUCGCAGCAGGUGAUCAGCAGGCGGCAGGAGCCGGCGCUGCGGGGCUCGCCCCGGCUGGCCCCGCACGGCCGGCGCCUGCUGGCCCGGCAGCCCUGCGGGGAGCUGUGCCCGGGCUCCGAGCUGCCGCGCCCGCAGUCCCCCGUGUCCCGCCGCAGCGGCAGCAGGCGCCUGCUGAGACCCGACUCGCUCAUCAUCUACCGGCAGAAACGGGACUGCCUGGCCGCCGACAAGGAGAACACCAAGGGCUCCGGGCUGGUGCGGCGCCUCUUCCAGGGACCCCUCAGAGACAGAGCGCCCAGCUCGCCCCCCGCCAGGGCGCUGGGCGAGGCACCCAGAGCCCCGCAGAGCCCCGAGACCCCCAUGCUGUGGGCGCCUGCAGAGAAGGAGGGGGCGCGGACACCGGGAGGCGGCAGCGGCGGUGACAGCGUCAGCAUCCUCCCCGUGCCCGGCAGCCCCGCGGAGCAGCCCCCCGGCGGCCCCGGGAAGGAGCCGCUGGCCCUGCGCGUGUCGCUGCCGCUGUCGGAGCAGGAGCGCUUCUUCAACUACUGCGGGCUGGACCGGGCGCAGGUGGAGCUGCUGGGCCGGGAGCGCUUCGGGCCGGCGGGCUGGGACAGCGCCUCGGCCCGGGGCCCCGGCUCCUGCGAGUCCGAGCCCGGGCGGGCCUCGGGGGGCAGCGAGGGGGACGCGGGGCCGGGCGAGGACGAGCCGGACCCUCGGCCGGGCUCCGCCGUGUCGGUGGUGGAGCGCAACGCCCGCGUCAUCAAGUGGCUCUACGGCUGCCAGAGAGCCUGGGCCGCUGCCAAGGAGUCCACGGUGUGAGCCGGGACAGCCUGGCCGGGACGAGGACACCGCGGGGCUCCCGCUGGCCGGCUGUGGCCCCUGGCCCUCGCUGGAUGUGGCCGAUGGGCUGGGGGCAGCCGUGGCCUGGAGCCCCGGGGACGCUGCAGGCUGGGAGCACCACCAGGUCCGCAGGCUGGGCGUGGUGGGGGCACCUGAGGGGCAGGCGAAGAAGGGACACCCCGGGUCUCUCCAGGGCCGCAGGGUUGGCAGGCUGCUGUCCCCAUCUGUCACCCACCUCCCUUCUCCCUGUCCCCAGCCCGGGAGGGUGGGGUGAGCCCGCAGCCCCCACCGACCGCCCUUGUGCUGCUCCAGCUGCAGGCAGGGGGGUGGGCAGAGCCCGAGCCCCCUGUCCUGGGCAGAGCCCACCCCGCAGCCCCCUCCUCCCCAGAACAGGGGCUGCUGGGGCCAGAGCUGCCCUCAAUAAAUCUGUUUGGGGU